GGCACGGGGCAGCAGCCUUGUCGCGUAUUCUCCCACCCUCCCAGGAACCUGUGAAGCGAUACAAACCACAUAACAGGUCACAACAACAAGAUAAGAAGAGUUUCCACUAUGACCCAUUGUUACUGAUAUAUGUUCAAGUCUAAAAGCAUAUCGACAAUUAUUGAACCAGAGGCUGACCGUGUUAAUCCCUCAAUCUCUCUUUUUUUUUUCUCUCUCUCUCUCUUUUUUUUUCUGUCCAAGGAAAUAAUGUUAUCGAGUGUAUAAAGUGCAGUGUGUGUCCUUUGAUAAUGACAGCCGUUGUAUUGAUAUGGUUAAGUCUUCGGCAAGAGAAUGAAACAAGGCAGCGGUGAGCAGUGAGCGAUCGGGACACUGUAAACACGCCAGCCACCACCACCACCACUGCCAGCCAGCCGGGCCUCCCUGCACUCUGCCCACCGGAGUGAUGGCCGCUGCAGUGAAGAGCCUCCUGGGGGCGCUGAGUCGAGUAGCCACACCUUCAUAUGGAGCGGCGGUGACAGCAGCUGCGGCAGCUCGCAUGUCCCAGGGGUGGGCGCCACUGGUGACAAGUGUGCGGCAUCGCUACCACUGGCAGAAGAUGGAGAAGGGACCCCUGCUGAGGAAUUAUGGCGAAAAAGAGCCUCUACAUAACAAAGGACUCUUGCCGCAUAUGGAGCACCACAAGAGGCUGCCCAUACCUCUCUUCCGCCCCAAGAACAACUGGGCAGAAAAGCGAGCACUGUUUGGCCAGAACGACUACAUAGACAUCCUGGGGCCUGGGAACCUGCACCCCACCAAAACAGCUUACAGUGUCCCGGCGUGGCUGCGAGGCUUCAAGGGCAACGAGUAUCAGAUGCUGCUCAGGAAGAAGAAGAUGUUUGGCCGGCAGAUGGGCAUCUACCGCCCCACAAAGAGGAGGGAGAUGGAGAAGCGUAUUGUCUGGCUGUACAAAUUCCUCAACUUUAAGACCAAGGAUUACAUGUGGAAGAAAGCUUAAUGGAAGUGUGUGUGUGUCUACGUGUGUGUGCGCGUGUGUGUGUAUAGAAAGAGGGUCUAUAUUUAAUUCUAGCAGACAUAUGAUAGCAUUAAGGUACAUAAUACUCAAGCAUUUUUUGUCUUGACUUGGCAGGGUGUACUGAUAAUGACAUGCAGUAAGACCUCCAUAAGUCAGCAUGAUGGAGGGCCAGCCUUUGUUGUCCAGGUGGCAGUAUGAGGCAUUCAAGAAUAUGAACCAGAUAUCAAAAGCUUUGUAGGAUUUGAUAAAUAAAAGGGAUGUUUGUAUGUAUUCAUUGAUAGGUCAGUUUGCUAUACUAAAACUCAUCCGUACCUACCCAUAGGGCGUUGGCCAUGUCUGCUGUGAGACUAUGCCAAAUCUCCAAUAAAAACAAACUACUCACUGUCCUGUAAUCAUAGCAUUAUCAACAAAACGUUCUCAGAACAUUCAGAAACCUUAAUUAAGUGGUAGAUGAUAUAAAUAAUUGUCAUAUACGAAAAUAAAUUAAGCUAGUUCAUAUACAUGGACGGUGAUGUGUCAUAUCAGGUCAGGCGACGUUGCCACUCACAACCCAUGUGGAAAUUCCCGGGGAGGUUGGUGGGGUGAGUCAGGUCGCCACACAUGUCGCUUCAUUCCUCCGGUCACCACCAUGGAAGGACCCCCUGACACUUCCCCGUCAUACACUGUCUUGCGCAGCCAGACCAAGGCAUUCAUAUUCCGCCUUAAUAGAUAUUUCUUGCAAGAGAAAGCAAAUCGGGCAACACUCUUACCUUUAACUCAAGCAAGGAACCACUCAAUAUAUUACUGUGUUUCUACUCGUAUGUGCACUUAUUUGACAAACAUGUAAAUUAUUUGUCUCAUUUUCAUGCAUAUAACCAGAAUCUUUAUUGCAUUUAAUGUACUAUAUAGCUGCAUAGGUAUUUGGGUCUCUUCUGACUUCUUUUAGUGAAGUAGAGAACGAUCAUCACUCCAUUUUCUUUGAAGAAGGUACUGGUAUAGCAGUGGCAACAUCGCACCCAAGAGGAGCCACACCUUAUGGGUAGCUACGGAUGAUUUCUACUAUAGAAUGCCUGUUGUUAGAGAAUGGCUAAAGAAUCGUAUAUAUAAACUUGUCAAUAAAACAGUCACCUGUU